AUGAAAUCAAAUACUAAAAAUAGUGUAAAAAGAAAAUCACCACCUCCUGUAAACCCAAAUAAAAAAUUUCCCUCUUUUGAAGGAAAACAAACUUCAAUUAAAGAUUUCUUUUUUAAUGAUACUACAACACCACCCAAAACUCCAACACAACCAAUAAGAUUCACCCAAAAUAAUAAUAAGGAAAAUGAUAAAUCUAACAAUAACAAUAAUAAUAAUAAUACGAUAACGCCAAUUAAAAAAACUACAACUACAACAACUGUAGUUGUUGAAUCAUUUGAUGAUUCUAGAAAUACAAAUUUAAUUCAACAAUUUCAAAAAGCAUCAACACCAUCAUCUCCACAAAUACCAAAUAAAUUACCACAACAAGAAAAUCAACAACAAAUACCAAAUACACAACAACAACAAAUAAAACAACUACAACAACAACAACAACAACAACAACAAGAAUCACCAAAUAAUCUUUUUAAAACAAUUAAAACAACUACAACUACAGAGACAUUUGAAGAAUUUCUAUUAUCUCAACCUACAACCCCACCUCCAUCAAAUACGACAACAACCACUACAACUACUUCAUCAUCAUCACCUUCUUCCUCUAAUAAUAUAACAACAAUUGAUGAUAAAAAUAAUUUAAUUAAAAAUAAUAGAUAUUAUUUAAAUGAUUUUUUAAUUGUAACAGAAACUGUAUAUAAAAGAGAUAAACAUUUAUUUAUUAAUGAUGAAAAAGAUUAUAUUGAAGGAAUGAUUGAAACUUUGGAUAGAGAUUCACAGCAUUUAUUUGUUAGACUGUAUAAUAGAAAAGGACCAUGGUUUCAAAUUAAUGAAUUAAAAUCAUCAAACUAUCAAAAUGAAAUUAAAAAUAUUGGUGCAGCCAUUGAAUCAUUGGUAGAAUAUGGUUUCUUGGAAUAUUAUAGUAGUGAUAAACAUGAUUAUAAUGAAAUUGCAAAUCUAUUAAAAAUUGAUCAAUUAAAAUCAAUCGCUAGUUCAUUUUCAAUUCCAAAUUCUUCAGGUAAAGAAACUUUUUUAAAAGUUAUUUCUGGUGAACCAUUUAAAGGUCAAAGUACAUUGUUUUCACCAAAACCAAUUUAUAAAAAAAAAGUUGAAAAUUUAGUUGGAGAAUCUAUUAAAAUUGUAACAGAAGUAGUUGAAUUAUGGAGAAUGAUUCAUCAUCUUUAUUUCUAUUCAUGGAGUACUCAUGAUUCAAAAUCAAUGAUUGUAAAUAAUAUAAUGGGAAUUAAAUAUCCAGAAUAUACAGUUUGGAAAAGUAAAGUAAAAAAAGAAGUACAACAAAAAGAAGAAGAGGUGGAAAAAGAAAAAGAAGAAAUACUACAAAAUCAACUUAUUCAAGUUAAACAAGAAAGUGAUGUAAUAGAUUUAACACAAAAUAGUAGUGGUAGUAGUAAUAAUAAUAAUAAUAAUAAUAAUAAUAAUAAUAAUAAUAAUAAUAAUAAUAAUAAUAUUAAAGAAUAUGAUAUUGAUUUAACAGAGAAUGAAUCAAUAUUUCCAAAUAGAGAAUCAUUAUUAAAAUAUGAAAAUGCAAGGAAAUUAGAAGAGAAAUCAAUUAAUCUUUAUGAAAGUGGUGGUGAUUUAGUAGCGUUAGAAUCAAUAUUACAAGUUUGUUUAGAUGAAUUAGGUAGAAGUGUUAGUAAAAAAGUUAAAUAUAGUUUUGCAUUAAAAUUUACGGUUGGAUGGGUUUAUACUAGAAUCCUAUCUUGGUCAAUUGAUAUAUUUGAAAAGUUACGUAAAUAUCAACAAUGUAUCGAUUUUUUAAUGCUAUUAAUUGAAUCACCUUAUUGUAGAGGUAAAAGAGGAUAUUGGUGGCAACGUAUGAUCAUCAAUCAUAAACAUUUACAUCGUAGUGAUGAUGCAUUAUUAAUAGCGGAACGUUCACUAAAAGAAGAUCCAUUCCUACGUAGUGGUGAUAGAUUGGCCAUUGAAAAACAUUUAAUUCAAUUAUCAUCACCACCUCGUCGUUGGAGAAUUCCUGCUGGUUUAAUUCAAUUCUCUUAUAAAUUAAAAGAGCCAAUCUCAACUACAAUCUAUCGUGAAAAAGUUUCAAAUAAUCAACAAGGUUAUAAAAGUAAAUAUUUAUUUUUAACUCCUCAAAUUAAAAUUAAUAAAAUUAAAAAAAUAAUUAUAAAGAGUAGUCAAAGUCAAAAUAAUCAACAAAAAGUUCAAUCAUCAUUAUCAUCUCAAAUUCAAACUCAAAUUCAAACUCAAAUUCAAACUCAAAUUCAAUCUUCUCAAAUUCAAAUUCAAAGUCCAAUUCAAUCUCAAUCUCAAUCUCAAAAUCAAACACCAAUUCAAUCUCAAAUUAAUAAUAAUAAUAAUAAUAUUUUAGCAAUUAGUAGUCAAAAAAGUUUUGAUAGUAUAUUAACAACUACUUCAAUUAAUAAUACACAAAGUUCAAGUCAAAAUAUUUAUAUUGAUGAAGAAACAUCAUUAGAAAUAACAAGUGAUGAUGAAUUAUUUCCACCAGGUCAAAGUUAUAAAAUUGAAAAAGAAAAUCAAUUACAAAUUACAAAUUCUGUUAAAAAAGAAGAAGAACAAGAAGAAGAAGAAGAAGAAGAAGAAGAAGGACAAGGACAAGAAGAAGAAGAAGAAGAAGAAGAAAUUAUUGAAAUUACACAUGGUACAGUUGAAGAAGUCUCACUUGAACAUUAUUCACAAAAUGGUGGUUGGGAAGGUAUUCAUUGCGAGACUUCAAUAUUUAUUACGUUGUAUGUUUUAUAUUUUUGGGAUAUCAUUUUUGAUUCAAAUGUACCACAUGUAUUUCAAUCACCAUUUCAAAAUUCACCAUUGGACUUUGGAUCUGAUGAAUUUUAUUUUACUAGAAAAGAAGCUAUCGAUAAUCGUAUAAAACGAUUAGAACAUUCAAACUAUGAUGAUUUAUUAAUACUAUUGAACCAAUCUUGGCUUCAUAAUGGAUGUGAAGCAAGAGGUGUCAAUUGGAAAUCAACAUCAUUAGAACAAUUAUCAAUUAUCUCAAAAUGUUUAGGUGGUAAAUUAAUCGCUUUCAUAUCACGUUUACUAACUGAAGAUUUUAAAAGUUUUUCACAUGGUAUGCCUGAUUUAUUAUUAUGGAAAUUAAAUAAUAAUAAUGAUGAUGAUAUAGAUGAUAAAAAUAAUAAUAAUAGUUCAAUAAAAUUUGUUGAAGUUAAAGGAACAGGUGAUAGAUUACGUGAUCAGCAAAGAAUUUGGAUUGAUAUGUUAAUUUCAUUUGGUUGUGACGUUGAAGUAUGUCUUGUAAAAAAUAAAAAAAAUUAA